UUAUUGCGUCCAGCCUCAGCCCGAAAGCCCCACGAAGAAGAGCUCGCAGACGCGGUCGGAAGCUAAACAGCUGUUCAAGAUGUCCCUGAGAGCUGCGCUGAGAAACAAACACGCGGUGACAGGUCUAUUCUCUCAGUUGUCCUCCUGCAGCAGUCAUGUCAGAGUGCGUGGCUCUCCUGUCCUCGUCACUCAGCAGAGGAAAAGCUCCACCACACCCAGGAUCAAAGUGGAGUUUAACCAAAGCACUGGUGUGGCGAUAAUGCACAUGCAGAGUCCUCCUGUCAACAGCCUGAGUUUAGAUUUCCUCACUGAAUUCUGUAUCGGCGUGGAGAAGCUGGAGAUGGACAAGAGUUGCCGAGGCCUCAUCAUCACCUCGAGCCAGCCUAAGGUGUUCUCCGCUGGGCUGGACAUCAUGGAGAUGUAUGGGAAAAGUCCAGAGCGCUGUGGAGAGUUCUGGAGAGCUGUUCAGGAGAUGUGGCUGAAACUCUAUGGCUCCAACAUGGCCAUUAUAGCUGCAGUCAAUGGUUCCAGCCCAGCAGGAGGCUGUCUCAUCGCCAUGACAGCUGACUACAGAAUUAUGGCAGACAACCCUCGUUUCAGCAUUGGCCUUAAUGAGACUCAGCUCGGCAUUGUAGCUCCUUUUUGGUUUAAGGACACUAUGGUAAAUACAGUGGGCCAUCGGUGCUCAGAGAUGGCACUGCAGAUUGGACUACUUUACAACCCUUCAGAGGCCCUCAGGAUAGGACUGGUGGACCAGCUGGUACCUGAAGACCAAGUUCUCUCCACAGCCACACAGACUAUGACCAAGUGGUUAGCCAUUCCAGACCACGCCAGACAACUCACCAAGACCAUGAUGAGGAAACCGACUAUCGACAAGCUGACGUCCAGCAGAGAGACUGACAUCCGUCACUUUGUCAGCUUCAUCACCAAAGACUCCAUUCAGAAGUCGCUGGCCAUGUAUCUGGAGAUGCUGAAGAAGAGAAAAGGCUAGAAGAGAGAGGGCAGCAUAUACAGUACAGCCUCACAUGCACACGGUAGACUGUCGCUAGGGAGACUUAACCACCUCUGCCUUUAGUUCAUCAGUUCAUCUUCAUAACAAAGGAGCAUGUGUCCCACACACAUUUACCUUACCUGGUGAAGUUAAGACAUUCACAGAAUAGAUUAGUGCUAAUGAUAGUAUUCUACUGUCUAAAUGAAGUAGCUAUGUUAAAAAAUGAACCUAAGAAAUCCCCCCAGUUUAAUUUCAUACUCCAGUAACUACGAAGACGGUAAAUCAUUUUGUAAAUUGAGUGUGUAGCAGUUAUGUAUCUUUAUCUCUUUACCGUUGGUGCUGUCAGACUGUGUGUUUACCUUUAAUGACAGUAAAUGGUUUUCAACUUUUCACUGUUCUGUGUAUGUAUUUCACUGCAGCACAACAGUUACAGCACUACAACACAAUAAGGUGUUUUUUUGGAGUGGGAGUGUACUAGGUUCUUCUUAAGCAUAUGUUAAACAGCCUUCAUUUGAAUAAAGUAACACAGAUUUAACAUUCAAGGCAGGCAGUAAUAGACCAGCAAGUGUCCUGCAAGCUAAAAAUGCAGGUUUCUUCAUAGACUUUGGUUUACGAAGUGACUCAAAGUCCAGUUUCCUGUCAGAAAAAGCUUAACAUCUGAACUAUAUCUUAAGAAUAAUUCAAGUGAAGAAAAUCCAAUCUUCUUCAGUCUGUGGCUGCUUCUCGUGUCGUAGAUGCUGAAUUUGUGUAAGCAGCUCGUACCAGCCGACUCCAGAGUGUCACAUUUAAGCUGUGCGUUAAUAGUCAUUGUUUGGGGAGAGUCUUUAAACAAUUAUUCUUUGUGUGUCUUCACUGUUUAAAGUGCCUGACUUUUCUGUACCUUUUUAAAAAUCCUUGUCAAAAAGCCUUUGGCAUCUCUACACUUGUUGUCUACGUUCACUUUUUUCAGCCCGUCUGCUUGUCGUGAAUACAUUAAUCUGGUUGAUGGGUUCAAUGCUGUGAUUAAAAACUUCUGUCAGAUCA